GUGUUUUGCCACCAACAAUCUUGUACGGAUUAUGAGCGGAGUCACCCGGUGCUUCAGCUGUCUUAACAGCGGAUUAACAUUUUAUAUAUCGAUGCUAAUUGAACUGAACUGUAUUCUUUCUUUCUCUCUUGUAAUUUGCGGUCAUAGCGAUCAGACGUGAUUUUUGUAUAUGAAGAAAUAAAUGAAGUUAAAUAGUGUAUAUAUGAUUCUUAUUUGCGAACCCCAUUACAAUGAUGUCAAAGCAGUGAGGCAUCACAACUAUUCAUUGGUGGCCCAUGAGGGGAACCUUGCUCAUAAGAAUCAUAAUUAAUAAUUGCUAAAAGCUGUUUGGCAAUUUUAUCUUCGUGGUCGGCUUCAUCCAGAUAAAUCACCGUGCCUACGUUUUCUAUCGCGCUCGCUCUCAUCACGACAGAGCAGUAUACGCAAACAUUCGCGCUCGCUCUCAUCACGACAGAGCUAAGUCCCGUUGCCCUUCGAUUCCGUUAGAUUUGCCGGAAUCUCUGCCAACUCAAAAAAACAAGACGUCAAAGAAGAACACCGAUAACAUACGAGCAUUUGUGCAUAUUACAUACAGUGGAGCAACGUCAGUAUAAACAAUGUCGAAAUUUGAUCAACUGGUGCGAGUUCAAACUGACCGCAUUGAGUCUUUGAAGCGCUUGUUCAGUAAUGUGAAAAAAGACUCGAGUGCGCGGAAAACGGAAAUAUAUUUCGAAAAACGUUUGAAUCAAAUCGACGAGUUUAACAAAGAAUUUCAUCAGGCGCAUCACACACUUAUAUGCAUGGCAGAAUACGAAGAAAGUGUGUAUAAGCAACAAAAUACAAUCAGCCAAUUCGAAGACCUGGGCAUGGAAGUUUACUGUUUCGUGGCCGAAGAAAAGAAACGAAUUUAUCCAGGCACAGUGACGCACAACGAAUCAGCUAACUCUACAAUAACAACACAUGUAGAGGAAGUACGGAUACCACUGCCAAAAUUACCAGUUCCGAAAUUCUCUGGCAACUGCGCGGACUGGCCAAGUUUUCAUGAUGCAUUUUUACGCUUAAUUCACAAUAAUGAGCGUCUGGAUAAUAUUCAAAGGUUCCAUUUUUUAAAGGAAGCAUUACCAGUAGGCCUGGACAACGACAUUCGCCAAAUCGCUUUAACUGAAGCAAACUAUGAAGUCGCUUGGACCACACUUCUACAACGAUAUAACAACCCACGAAUUGUGUUCGCCAGCCACAUGAACAUGCUCUACAACUUACCGAAUCUUUCGAAAGAAAAAUCUGCUGACAUACGGUCUAUGGUUAGCACAGUCAACGUCUGCAUUGCCGCUUGCAAUACCGUCAAGGCGCCACUACAGGGAGGAGAUUUUUGGUUGACUCAUUAUCUAACAACCAAACUACCCAAAGACACUCACACAGCUUGGGAGCAUCAUCUGGGCAGCAAGAUUGACGUUCCUUCAUACAAAGAUCUGCAACAGUUCCUCAAUGAUCGACUUGUUACGUUAGACGCUAUUGAAAGCCGUAACGCGUGCAGCGGCAUGAAACAGUCAAAUGAAACUUCAGACGGUACUAAACGCGUGCGUGUGCACAGCGCCCACACCAGGUCGGGUGCUUCCGCGUCCGCUUGCUAUCAUUGUGGCAACUUACACAUACUUCGAAGAUGUCCGCAAUUUCUUUCAAUGGAUUGCUACCAACGGAAGGAAGUGGCCAGCAAGGCAAAAUUGUGUCUCAAUUGCCUGGGAAAAUCGCACACACAAGCAAGCUGCCCCAGCAACAAGAAUUGUCUUCAUUGUGGUCAACGUCAUCACACGAUGUUACAUUUUCCAGCAACACAGCCAACGCUGAUACCCUCCUCGACAUCAUGCCAAAGUUCAGCAGCCAGUUCAGAUGCCAAGCCGACUCUACAGUGCAUGUCAACUACAACUUCAUCUAUGACUCAUCGAAAGGUACUACUAGCAACAGCUCGGGUUGUACUCAGUAACACACAGACAGGAUGCCAGGCCACGGUAAAUGCGCUUCUUGACCAAGGAUCGGAAGCAACUAUCAUUUCGGAGCAUGCUGUACAGUCUCUCCAGCUCUCCCGAAGCACAACUCGCACUUCAAUCACCGGAGUCGGUCAAGAUUCAGGACGACGCUGCAAAUUCAUCGUAAGUUGUUCGGUGCAAACAGCAACUAACCCAAAUUUCUCGUUAAAGGUCGACGAUGCUUAUGUUUUGAACACGUUGACAUCACACAUGCCAAGUCAAAGUUUUCCAGCAGGAAACUGGAGUCAUAUCCAUGGUCUCAUGCUCGCAGACCCCUAUUAUUAUAGAUCCAAGCGAAUCGAUAUCAUUUUUGGAGCCGACCUUAUGGCACAACUCUUGUUACCUGGAACUAAGAUUGGCUUGCCAAACGAACCCAUAGCGCAGAAUACUCAACUCGGAUGGGUUCUGUUAGGCAAUGUUGGCAACACGCAUAUUACACGCCACAUUCGAUGUAAUCAUGCCAUAAUAAACUCCGAAGAGCUGCUUAAGGUAUUUUGCGAGGUAGAAUCAGUUCCAGAACGCCCAAAGCUCUCCAAAGAAGAUCAAUGGUGCGAGUCUUUCUUUAAGCAGACCCAUCAACGUCAACCAGACGGCAGUUAUCAAGUCCGUUUGCCAUUCAAGAGGAACUUUGACCCCAGUAUGACGCUCGGAAAAUCUCAUCAGAUCGCCCUGAACAGAUAUCUUCAACUCGAAAGGCGCCUUCAAAGGGACCCAGACAAAUGGAUCAGAUACUGCAAAGGAAUUGAAGAAUAUUUUCAACUAGGUCAAAUCACGUUGGCAGAGACGAGCGAAAACUCAACCAUAACCACGGAUUCCUACGGUCGGCAUGUUGCAUCAUGCGUGCUACCACAUCAUGCAGUUUUCAAAGAAGAAAGCCUCACCACAAAACAACGUAUCGUUUUUGACGCAUCGGCCCGGACCUCAAAUGGCAGAUCGUUAAACGAUGUACUAUGUGUAGGUCCCACGCUGCAAAAUGAUCUGCCAGCCGUUCUCUUGAAUUGGAGACAAUAUCAGUUUGUUUUCACUGCCGAUAUACAACGAAUGUAUCGCUGUAUCAAUGUCCACCCUGAUGACACGCAGUACCAGAGGAUUUUAUGGCGGGCGGCGGAUGGAGUCAUCAAACAGCAUUGCUUAACUACCGUCACGUUUGGAACAGCGUCUGCACCUUAUACAGCUAUAAGAGUCAUCCAUCAAAUAGCUGAAGACACACAGACAAAAUAUCCUAUGGCAUCCAACGUUCUCAAAAAUGAGAUAUAUGUCGACGACAUUCUCUCAGGCGAUCAUUCACAAGAGGCAGCAAUACGGAAAAGUUUGCAAACUAUGCUAGCUUUAAAAUCCUCUGGCAUGGAGCUACGAAAAUGGGCUAGUAAUGACCAGGAUCUGAUGGCAACGAUACCUCUCGAGCAUCGAUGCAAGCAGACAUCCCUCAGUUGGGACAAUGCGGACACCAUCAAAACACUGGGUAUGUACUGGUUGCCCAAGCAAGAUUGCUUCACUUAUAAAUUACUAGCAAAUACUCCAGCCGGUAUAACAAAACGAGAAAUCCUAUCGACCAUAGCACGUUUAUUUGAUCCUCUUGGAUUAAUCGCUCCAGUUGUAAUUUCAGCAAAGAUUAUAUUGAAAGAAAUCACACUAGCGAAGCAAUAUCGCGAGGACGGAUCGAGUACAUCACUGGAUUGGGAUGAGCCAGUUCCCAACACCAUUGCCGUCAAAUGGCAACAAUUUCGACAGCAACUAAUGAAGGUUAAGACGAUCAAAAUACCACGCAGCGUCAAAUUUACGCCACUAUUUAGUAGUGAGAUACAACUGCACACCUUUUGCGAUGGAUCCUCCAGUGCUUACGCAGCAGCAGUGUAUGCACGCACCCAACAGUCUGAUGGGACUUUCUAUACAACGCUCAUCGUCGCAAAAUCAAAAAUUUCGCCAACCAAGCCGUUAACAAUACCGCGCACUGAGCUAUGCGGUGCAGUAUUAGCUACCAAACUCACCAAAUGGGUGCUGGAGAAUAACCGAUGGACCAAUGCACAUAUAUCUACCUUUUACUGGACCGAUGCUACCAUUGUUCUGCACUGGAUUAAAGGAGACAUUACUAGGUGGAAAACGUUUGUAGCCAACCGAGUGUCUUACAUUCUCGACCACACCUCAGCGGCUCAGUGGCACCACAUAGACACAUCGGAAAACCCAGCAGAUUGCGCAACCAGAGGCUUACCACCGAGCCAAAUACCUGAUAUUUGGUGGCAUGGCCCAUCCUGGCUAUGCAAACCACACAAUAUUUGGCCAAACACGCAAUCACAAUUGCUCAAUCCAGAAGAACGGGAUCUGGAGGCCAAAUCCAUAAAAAUUAGAGCCUUCACUACCUUGUCAGACACAAAGGAUUCUAUUAUUGACCGAUUCUCGUCGUAUACAAAACUGCUACGUGUCACGGCAUACAUGUUACGAUUCUGCCACAAUGCUCAUGCUCGAGCACAACGAAGUCACGGAUCACUCUCUCCUGACGAGCUGGAUGAGGCCCUGUGCUGCAUAGCUCGCCUUGCACAAUCCGAUACAUUUCACACCUCCAUAUUCUCCCAAUUUUGGUGGCAUCUGGGAGGCAAACGUGAAAGCAAUGAAGCAUCAUCUUAAACGGAUCGUCGGCAGCCACAAGCAGACGUAUGAGGAGCUUACUACAGUUUUGAUCAGGAUUGAAGCAUGUUUGAACUCACGUCCACUUUGCCCGCUAACCGCCGACCCUGACGAUUUAGAAGUACUAACUCCAGCACAUUUCUUAAUUGGUGACGCACUACUGGCACCGCCACAAGGUCGGCCGAAUAAUAAGCCUUUGCGUGAACUAUUUCUCGCACAACAACACAUGACGCGACAAUUCUGGUCUCAAUGGUCUCGUGAUUGGUUAUCACACUUGCAAACUCGGCCAAAGUGGUGCCAAAUCAAAGAUAAUCUUAGCAUCAACGACUUAGUCAUUAUAAAGGAUGAUAAUCUACCACCAGCUAAAUGGACUAUAGGCCGAGUCGUCGAACUGCACCCUGGAUCGGACUCGCUAGUCAGAGUGGUUACAUUAAAGACGAAAUCUGGCAUUCAAAAGAGGUCAAUCACAAAGCUUUGUCCACUUCCGAUUUCAACAUAAUUAUGAUCAACACACGGAUCAAGAAUCACAAGGAGCCUUCAUGCUGGACGACGCAUUGGCGGGCGGCAUGUACGGAUUAUGAGCGGAGUCACCCGGUGCUUCAGCUGUCUUAACAGCGGAUUAACAUUUUAUAUAUCGAUGCUAAUUGAACUGAACUGUAUUCUUUCUUUCUCUCUUGUAAUUUGCGGUCAUAGCGAUCAGACGUGAUUUUUGUAUAUGAAGAAAUAAAUGAAGUUAAAUAGUGUA